ACCCGAAAUUGACAAGUAAAUGGGGGCCCUUCGUUCUUGUAGUCUCAAUCUCUUCAAUCUCUCUCAAAAUUCGAUGCCUUUUUCUCUUUCCAAUUCCCAAAUUUCCUAACCCUAACGCUACUCCCAAACCCUCCUUUUCUUUUCUGGCGCCAAUUUUCCCCUUGGACUUCACUGAUUUCUCUUCCUGUUUGUGAUUUCAUCGCCGCGCUGUUGAACAAUCCGACUGAUCUUUGCUAAUUUUCAUCUCCCGCCACUGGGUUUCCUGGAUUUCGAUUGCUGCUUGACGACUGGUGUUGAUUUGAGGAUCUGAUCUCUCGCUGCUGCUGUUCUUCUGUUGGGUAGAUUUGAGAAGAUUAGAUUUCUGAUUCUGUUGAAUUUUUUUAAUGAUCGGGCUGAAGACUCUUGGUGCUUGCUUGUUGCUCUGGGAGCUUUAAGGGUUUUGUUUAUCUCCCUUUUGAGUUAAUUGUAUCUCGACGGCCUCUUCGAUAAAGAGGAUCACUACUUCUGCCACGGCGAUCUACAGAACUCCAUUGAAUUUGAGAGGAGGUUCUUAUUGUCCUCGGGGUUUCGACUGAAUCCAUUGAGACAUAUUGUACUUUUGUUGGACGAGAAUAACGGGAAUUUUCAGCGAACGAAGUUCGUAGAAGCCCUCUUUUCAGCAGUUCGAUUUGUUGCAUCCCGGUUUUGUUGAAGGGAAAAGUGUUUGAUAGUUUGUAUUAUUUCAUUUCUUCGAGUUAAAUAUAGGGCCCCUUUUUCUGAAGGCCUUCGAAUUUUUUCUUUUCCCAUUUCCAUAUAUUCCUUGCUUGUUCAUCUGGCUUUUACAUAUUAUUUUUGAAAAAAAAAAGUACUAUGGCGGUGUAUUAUAAAUUUAAGAGUGCAAGAGAUUAUGAUUCAAUUGCUUUGGACGGUCCUUUCAUCUCAGUUGGUAUUUUGAAAGAAAAAAUUUUCGAAUCGAAGCACUUGGGAAGGGGCACUGAUUUUGACCUUGUGGUCACCAACGCCCAGACUAAUGAAGAAUAUCUCGAUGAAGCAAUGUUGAUCCCAAAGAAUACAUCAGUUUUAAUUCGUCGUGUUCCUGGAAGACCUCGGUUACCCAUUGUUACAAAACAAGAGCCAAAAGUGGAAAAUGAAAUUGAAGAGACUGAACAAGAAAAGUCAACUGUUCCAGUUGCAGAUUCAUCAUCCGCCCUGAGAUUUCCUGAAGAUUCUGAGUGGGAUGAAUUUGGUAAUGAUCUGUAUGCAAUUCCUGAAAUGCAUCCUGUUCAGCCAAGUAAUCCAAUUCCAGAUGCACCUCCUACAAAUAAAGCUGAAGAAGACAGCAAGAUUAAGGCCUUAAUUGAUACCCCAGCCUUAGAUUGGCAACAUCAAGGUUCUGAUGGCUUUGGUCCUGGUAGGGGUUUUGGGAGGGGUGCUGGUGGAAGAAUGGGAGGACGUGGUUUUGGCUUUGAAAGGAAGACACCUCCACAGGGAUACGUGUGUCAUAGAUGUAAAAUUCCUGGGCACUUUAUUCAACACUGCCCCACAAAUGGAGAUCCAAAUUAUGACAUAAAAAGAGUUAAGCCUCCCACUGGGAUUCCAAAGUCUAUGCUGAUGGCCACACCUGAUGGCUCAUAUGCAUUGCCAAGUGGUGCUGUAGCUGUCUUGAGGCCGAAUGAGGCUGCUUUUGAGAAGGAGAUUGAAGGAUUUCCUUCCACUCGUUCAGUUGGUGAUUUUCCCCCUGAGCUUCACUGCCCUCUGUGCAAGGAGGUUAUGAAAGAUGCUGUUUUAACAAGCAAGUGUUGCUUUAAGAGCUUUUGUGAUAAAUGUAUUAGGGACCACAUUAUUUCUAAGUCAGCAUGUGUAUGUGGAGCAACCAACGUUCUUGCAGAUGAUCUCUUGCCAAAUAAGACACUCAGGGAUACAAUUAAUCGUAUUCUGGAGUCUGGUGGUAAUAGUAGUGCUGAUAAUGCUGGUAGCACCUUUCAGGUGCAAGAUAUGGAAUCUGCUCGCAUUGCACAGCCAAAGGUUCCUUCCCCUACCUUAUCUGCUGCUUCGAAGGGAGACAAAAUUAUACUGUCAGUCAACGAACAGACUACAAAGAUCAAGGAGGUAGAGGAGGAAAAGGCUAUUACCUCUGGACCUCCAACUGCAGAGAAAGUGAAGGCCACAAAAGUAGUUGACGAGUCUGAAGCUACGCACGAGUCAAUGAGCGUGAAGGAACAAGCUUCACAAGGGAGCGCUUUAAUAGUUGAUGAAGAAGUGCAGCAGAAGAUGGCUGCUGCUAGUGAGGCAGUAAAGAAAAAGAAGAAGAAGAAAGUUCGCAUGCCUACAAAUGACUUUCAAUGGAAAACUUCGCAAGAUCUUGCAACGGAAAAUUAUAUGAUGCCCAUGGGUGGCCCAACCCCAUAUAAUCCAUAUUGGACUGGCAUGCAACCUGGAUUUGAUGGAUAUAUGCCUUCAUAUGCUGCUCCAAUGCCGUACAUGGGUGGUUAUGGUAUGGGUCCCAUGGACAUGCCAUUUGGACCUGUCAUGCCUCAGGACCCAUAUGGCAUGCAAAGUUACAUGUUUCCUGUUGCUCCACCUCAGAGGGAUCUUGCGGACUUUAGCAUGGGUAUGAAUAUUGCACCUCCUGCAAUGAGCCGUGAGGAAUUUGAGGCUCGGAAAGCUAGCAUGAGGAGGAAGCAUGAAAAUGAGAGACGGGUUGAAAGGGAGCGGGAGCCUCCGAAAGAUCGGGAGUUUGGAAGGGAAGUGAGUAGCAGUGGCGAUGUCUCUUCAGUGAAACAAAAAUCUAAGUUUGCACCCCAAACGUCAACUGGUGAACACAACCAGAACCGUCGCCAACCUGAGAGCUCCCCUGACAUUGCAAGGAAUGCUGGGCCGCCUUGCUUGCCACCACGCAAAAGAAAAUCUGAGCACCAUGAUCAUGAUGUUGACAAGGAUGACAAUUCUGAUCUUUAUGACCAUGGCCACCACCGCCAUCAUCGUCAACAUUCAGAGUCCAGAGCAGCCUCUGAAGCUUCUGCUAAAUCUGCGGCCAGUGCAGCUGCUGAUCGCAAGCAAAAGAUGAGCGUGUUCUCUAGAAUUAGCUUCCCAGCUGAGGAAGAGAUGGCGAAGAAACGGAAAUUGCACUCUUCAAAGGAAGCACCACCAAGUGACACUGGUGCUUCAGCAACACACCACAAGACAUCAUCCAAUGGUUACUACGAUGACUACAAGGCGAAAACAGUCACAGCAGGGAUGAGCAGUCGUGGGAGGAGUAGUGCUACUUCGCUUGAUUGUGAGUCGAGCGACGAAGAUAGGCAUUUCAAGAGAAAACCAUCUAGGUACGAGCCAUCACCUCCUCCACCAUCGGACUGGGAUCAGGAGGAAUCUAGACAUCCCAGAGGCUCAACAAGAGAGCGGGAUCGCGAUCGCGAUCGUGAGCGGAGUAGCUACAGCAAACACAGGUAGUAGUUUGAGGGAACCACGAAGAAUUGCGGCACCCAAGAAUGCAGCGGCCGACGCCCACGUAGGGUAAGGUCAGGAGAUUCAGCUGGAAAAUCCAAAUGGGAUUGAAGUGAAAGUACAAGCAGCAUAUGUAUGAAUGAGAUUGCAUUAUUUGUGGUAUCUGGUGGGGAUGCUAACUGUAAUAGAGGCUUGUGCGUUGUGCUCGAGCUUCUUCUUCUGUAUUUGCUUGUCAUAAAUAUACGAAUGAAAUUUUCGUUCUCUAUUUGGGUUCUGAGGAAUCUUUAUAUCACGAGAAAUUUGUUUGUCUUCCUUUAUAAAUAAAUUAGCCAAGGCCUUGUUUAAGGGGCGUUUUCGAA